AUGGGACUCCAGACAGGUAUGCGUGGUGCCUUUGGAAAGCCCCAGGGCACAGUGGCCAGGGUCCACCUUGGCCAGGUCAUAAUGUCCAUCCGCACCAAGCUGCAGAACAAGGAGCAUGUGAUUGAAGCCCUCCGCUGGGCCAAGUUCUAUUUCCCUGGCCGUCAGAAGAUCCACAUCUUCAAGAAGUGGAGAUUUACCAAGUUCAGUACGGAUGAAUUUGAGAACAUGGUGGCAGAAAAGCGACUCAUCCCGGAUGGCUGUGCGGUCAAAUACAUCCCUAAUUGUGGUCCCCUGGACAAAUGUCGGGCCCUGCACUCAUGA